UACACAAAAUUUAUUCUUAUUUUUCCAUAUAUUUAUUUUGUUCUUAUUGACAAUUGUUGAUUUUGUUUAUUGCUACAACAACAAAAAAUAAAAAGAAAUGGAACCAAAGCCAAAAAGUGAUCAUUUACUAGCUUUGAAAGUGAUGCGGUUGACAAGACCAACAAUUGCAACACCAGUUAUUGUAACAUCUGAUUCAUCUGAUCUUCCUGGCAACACAUUAAACAACGAGUUAAAAAAUGAUUGUACAUCUCUUCAGGGUAUGGAAAGUCUAGCAGUUGGUCAAUUUAUGCUUCUACCUCAAAGUUUUGGAAAUAUAUAUCUUGGUGAAAUAUUUUCAAGUUAUCUAUGUGUACAUAAUGGCAGUAAUCAAAUUGUUAAGUCUAUAAAUGUCAAAGCAGAUUUACAAACAAGUACACAAACAAUAUCUUUAUCAAAUAAAAAUACAAAUAUUGAAGAACUUGCACCUGAUAGUACUGUAGAUGAAGUUAUACAUCAUGAAGUCAAAGAAAUUGGUACACAUAUACUUGUUUGUGAAGUAAAUUAUACACCAGCUGCACCUGGUGCUUCAUCACAAUUUUUUAGAAAAUUUUUUAAAUUUCAAGUUGUUAAACCACUUGAUGUUAAAACAAAAUUUUAUAAUGCUGAAUCAGAUGAAGUUUAUCUUGAGGCACAAAUUAAAAAUUUAACAGCUGGACCAAUUUGUUUGGAAAAAGUAUCUUUGGAGUCUUCACAUUUAUUCACUGUGUCAACAACAAAUGUUAAUAAUAAAGGAGAAUCAAUUUAUGGUGAUGUUAAUGUACUCGAUACAAAUUGUAGUCGUCAGUAUCUUUAUUGUCUAAAGCCUCAAUCGAGUUUAAUGGAAAAUCCAAAAAUGAUGCACAAUGCAACACAAAUUGGUAAAUUGGAUAUUGUCUGGCGAAGUAAUACUGGUGAAAGAGGAAGAUUACAAACAAGUCAAUUACAUAGAAUGCCACCUGAUUAUGGUGAUCUCAGAGUUACAGCAAAAAAACUUCCAGAUAAUAUUGAGCCUGAAAGUGUUGUUAGUUUUGACUGUCAUAUUAUAAAUACAUCUGAAAGAAAUAUGGAUCUAUUGAUGACUCUAGAUGAUACUGACAAUGAGGCAUUUGCUUGGAAUGGUAAUUUAGAGAUAACUACUCUUGGUACUUUAAAACCUGGUGAUUCUAUUGAUGUACCACUUUCUUUUAUUCCAUUACAAGCUGGUCUUCUUACACUAUCUGGAUUGAAAUUAACAGACACAUUUUUAAAACGUGUCUAUGAGUAUGAUGAUUGGGCACAAUCAUUUGUCUUGUAUAAAUAUAACGCUUAGAAUCAUUUAUUAAUUUUAUUUAAGCAUAUAUUUGAAA